AUGGUCGGCAUUAACUUUGUCUCAGUGGGAGUAUCGCAAAUAUUGGAGUUAAUGCGCCAACAAAUUGAUGCCGUGACCGGGGCCCAAAUUCAGGCUCUAUCGCGGCAGUCACCUGUCGGUACCCAUGCACACCCCAGCCCUCGCCUUGCCCCUGAAAUUACUCACCAUUCGUUUGGACUGCCGGUUUCCAGGCUUGACUCAUCAAGAUCUUCCGAUUCGUCGGUGCAAUACGAUACCCGAAGUGCGGAAGACCUCCGUUCUGACGACUGGGCGCAAACCGAUCCUAUCAUUGCUGGUACUAUGACUCCUCAAAAAACCGUAUCCGCUGCGUCUCCAGAGGCAUCAUCCCCAGUGGGGAAUGAUAUGUGCGAUAACGUGACAUCUGAGGCUUCGGCGGAGCGCAGGGUACAAGUGACGUGCCCUCCGAAACCUCUAACACCGGCGGGUCAGUACCUCCCCCUUUCUCAUGUGAAGGAAACUAUGACGAGAAUUAACGUCUAUGUGGUGGCGGUCGAGAUGAUAAGAGCGUCGGUGCGCAAUCUAAUCACGCAACGUGAUCUGUUAAACUAUCGUGCCAUCGAUCCCUCCAUCCACGGAACCACCGAAGGUGAUGAUAUAGAUUAUUCCGUACAAAUUUUGGCGCCGAACUGUACCAAUCAGUUCCACGUGAACUACGGGGAUAUCAUCCGCUUGAAACGUGUGGACACCAAACUUGUAGUGGAUAAAUCGGGGAAUCGGCACAUUAACAUCAUCAUGAGCCUGAAAAAUCACCCUUCCAUGAGAGUGUGGCCGAACUCAGAAUGUCGAGUUCGAACAGAUGAGCCUGAAAAGGGUGACGAAGGCACUGCUGGUGAGGACCAGACACACCAGCAAAGUCAACCUGACCCUUUACAGCAACUGGAGUCCGAAGCGUUGCUAAUUUACGGGGGAAAUCGCACACGGGUAGACAACGAGGAUCUCGAAAUAAUCUCUCGCCUACGCGAAUGGGUACGUACCAAGUUGGAUGCCGCAGAACUUACUGGUAAUCGCAACUUCCUGCAUACCAUUGCCGGUGCAAGUGAAGCCGCCAGCGAUUUUGUUGUUUGCGUCUUGGAAGUCACACCGGAACCAGAGGUCAACUUGGUUGUUAGCGACUCCACAUCUAUGGCUGUGGUUAUGGGCAUGAACGACAUUCUGGUAUCCAAUCUGCUGGAGUCGAACAAUCGCAUCCAACCAGGGGAGUGGAUUAAGUUGCGGUACGUGCAGCGGCUGCCGCAGCAAUUUAAACGAGCAAAUGGCAGUAGUUACGUGGUGCUUAAAGCAUCCACAUUUUCCUGUGCCACGCGGCUUCCUAGGUGCUGCCUGCCGUACGUGAAACCCAUCCCAGUCACUUCUUCGCGGUAUGUUUAUUGCUAUUAUUGA